CAGAUCGAGAUCGUUCCCACUCCGCCGCCGCCGCCGGCUAAAACCCCAAUUCCGUCUUCUUCCUCCUUCCCAAAUCCCAACCUCCCCUCCCAGCCUAUAUAUCCGCGCCGCCUCCCCAAGUGCUAUAGAUCUAUACCCUCGUCUUCUUUUCUAUUCUAAUCGUGCAACAACAGCUCGUCUCCAGCAGAUCGAUUCGAUCCCCUCCUCUCCCCUCCCGCGCCGUGUUCUGAGGAUGGCGUCCUUCAGGGUGGCCGACGCGUCGGAGUACCUGGCGAUCACGGGCUGGGGCAUCGAAGACGUGAAGCUAGCCAAGAAGGCGUGGGUGUUCGUCGGCCAGCAGUGCAAGAAGUUCGACAUCACCCCCGUCAACUACGAAUUCGAGGUGCACGCCAUGAGCUCGGAGAAGCUGCCCUUCAUCCUGCCCGCCGUCUUCACCAUCGGGCCCAAGAUCAGCGAGGACGGCAGCCACAGCGCGUCGCUGCUGCUCUACGCCAAGCUCAUCGCGCCGCACGACAAGAACUCGUCCCACGUCCGCGAGCUCGUCAAGGGCGUCAUCGAGGGCGAGACCCGCGUCCUCGCCGCGUCCAUGACCAUGGAGCAGAUCUUCCAGGGCACCAAGUCGUUCAAGCAGGCCGUCUUCGAGAACGUGCAGCUCGAGCUCAACCAGUUUGGGCUCUACAUCUACAACGCCAACGUCAAGCAGCUCGUCGACGUGCCCGGGCAGGAGUACUUCUCGUACCUUGGACAGAAGACGCAGCAGGGUGCCGUCAACCAGGCCAAGGUCGAUGUCGCUGAGGCGAGGAUGUUGGGCGCCGUCGGCGCCAAGGAACGUGAGGGCACUACACUGCAGAAGGCGGCCGAGGUCGACGCCCAGACCAAGGUCUUCAGGGUGCGCCAGGAGGCUAUUGGGAUCAAGGAGCAGGCCAAGGUGGAGGCUGAGGUCAAGGUGUUCGAGAACGAGAGGGAGGCCGUCGUCGCCGCCGCCAAGGCCGACCUCGCCACCAAGAAGGCGGCGUGGGAUAGGCAGACUAAGGUCGCCGAGGUUGAGGCGUCCAAGGCCGUCGCUAUCCGCGAGGCCGAGCUCCAGAUGGAGGUGGAGCAGAAGAACGCGCUGCGGCUGACCGAGAAACUGAAGGCGGAGCAGCUCAGCAAGGCCACGGUUCAGUACGACAUGCAGGUCCAAGACUCUAACGCCGCGCUCUACAGCCGGCAGAAGUCGGCGGAGGCCAAGCUGUACGAGCAGCAGAAGGCGGCGGAGGCACGCAAGGCGCAGGCGGACGCGCAGUUCUUCGAGCAGAAGCUGGCCGAGGACGCCAAACUGUACGCCAAGCAGAAGGAGGCGGAGUCCCUGGCCACGGUGGGCAAGGCGAAGGCGGAGUACGUGGCGUCCAUGCUCCAGGCGCUGGGCGGCAACUACCACGCGCUGCGCGACUACAUGAUGAUCGACGGCGGGCUGUACCAGGAGCUGGCGCGCAUCAACGCCGGCGCCGUCAGCGGCAUGCAGCCCAAGAUCAGUAUCUGGACCGGCGCGGACGGCGGCGCGGGCGGCGACCUCGGGGCCAGCAGCAGCGGCGCCGGCGCCGCGGCGAUGCAGCACGUUGCGGGGGUGUACAAGAUGCUCCCGCCGCUGCUGUCGACGGUGCACGAGCAGACGGGGAUGCUCCCGCCGGCGUGGAUGGGCGCGCUGCCACCCAAGGAAGAGCCCAACACCAACUGAAUCGGCUAGAGUGCUGGUGCGCUACAUGGCUGUGGCAUUGGUUAUCUUAUUAGCGUCUCUUGAUUGGUCGGUUAGUAGUCGUUCGUCAAGGUUUGUUAGGGUUAAGUUCUUGAUUGGUCAUUUUCGAGUCAGUCAGUUCGUGAAGGGUUAAGUGACAUGGCAUAUAGUUAGAUACUACAUCAUCUAUCUGGCACCUCUGGGUGCUCUGUGAACUCGGUUUUUUUAUAUGAGCGUUCUGUGUGAACUCUUGGUUAAUGCUGGUUGUGAUAUUUUCUCUUCUAUAUAUAUUCCUGAUGGUAGUGCUACUAUAA